CGGGAAUCCCUUCUUGGCUUGGCAGCGACAAAUCCACCAUCAGAUUCAGCCACCGGGAACACGGCAAUUUCCAAGGUUGGGUCAUCCACGUACUCUGAUCAUUGGAUUCGCUCUGCCAAUAAAAGUUUCCAUUUUCAGUAAAGGCCAACAUAGAUAUCACGUUGAAGCGCCAUUGAGACAGUAUCCUCUAUCAAGAAGUCUUUGUCUUCAUAACUAUGCACACGCUCAAAGCCACUGCAUCUUCCUCCCUCUCCCUGGCGGAGGGUCAUUACAUCUAUGCGAUUGCGCCUGCCUCGCCGGAAUCAUUCGCAGUGAUCUCAUCGGAUGAUUCGCUUCGCGUAUUCGACGCUAACAGGCUCGAUCAUGCAUCUGUCAUCGCGGCGAGCGCUCAUGAAGGCGUCACAUCUUUGAAGACAUAUGAUGCUAACCAGCAGGUGCUGGCUACGGCAGGAAGAGACAACAAAGUAAAGCUGUGGGAUCUGCGCAGCGGCAAGAAGACUGCUGUUGUAGAGAUGGAGACAUCCAAGCAAGCCCCCAUACUAUCCGUCGCCUGCUGCCCCGAAGUCAACGGAGUCGCAGCUGGAACUGAGCUGGUUUCAUCCCAAGCCAUAGUCGCUUUUUGGGACACAAGAUCCCCUGGCCAAACAAGUCUCCAAUACGUCGAGAGCCACAAUGACGACGUAACAGAGCUCCAAUACCACCCCACACGCCCCGCCCUCUUCCUUUCUGGAAGCACCGACGGUCUCGUCAACAUCUACAACACGACCAUCACCGACGAGGACGAGGCCCUGGUACAAGUAAUCAACCACGGUUCCGUGCACCACGCCGGCUUCCUCAGCAACAACACCAUCUACGCACUCAGCCACGACGAGGUAUUCUCCGUGCACCCAGCGACUGAUCCCGACGAUCCUACCGAGGAGCCGAGCCCCAUUCAAUUCGGCGAUCUGCGGCAGCCGUUAGGGUGUGAGUAUAUUGCGCAGUUGUGUGUGGGCGGUCAAGGGGCGUAUGUGGCUGCGGGAAAUAAGGAGGAAAACCGUCUCGACCUCGUUCCCCUCAUUUCGGAGCCGUCUUGGAGAUUCGAUCAGGAGGGGGUGUGGAGGUUGCCCGGGGCGCAUGGCGAGGAGGUUGUGCGGUCCGUCUUUGUUGAUGAGAAGUCGCACUCUGUGUUCACUUGCGGUGAGGAUGGGUUCGUUCGUACGUGGAAGCCUGAAGGAGAGGGGGCUGCCCAGGCAGAGGAGGCUGCAAAGGGUUCUCGCAAGGAGAAGAAGAACAGGGAGAAGGGGAGGUUUAAACCUUACUAGGUAGUGUUGUUGGGAGAGGGCGGAAAUACCUAGGUUUUCCAAAGUAGAG